AUGCUUAUCUCACUCCUUAAGUCAAAUUCAGGAGCUUCGAACAUUUCACAUUCGUGCUACUACAUCAGAGAUGAGAGCAAAGUUUUUUCUCGGAUUGUUGCUUUACUUUUGUUUCGCUUUUGAUCACAAUCAUGCCCAGAGCAAGGAUACAGCCUUUUACUUGUGGACCAAGGACAAUCCAAUUCAAGAAGAGUUGCUUUUUCUCGACACCGAAAGUAUCUCCAUGAGCAAUUUCCGGACAUUACAACCAACCAAGCUAUUGGUGCACGGAUUCAACGAUGAUGGAAAAUGUCGUUGGGUCAAGUUGACUAGGGAUAGUUUUUUGGCAAUGGAGGACGUCAACGUGAUUUCAUUAGAUUGGGAAGCAUUGGCCGGCAUGGACUACUUUGAAGCUGCUUCAAAUUCCCGCCAAGUUGGAUUUGUGUUGGGAGAUUUCAUUUCCCUUUUGGUGGAAUCGGUUGGAGUGCCUUGGGAAAAUUUACACGUCAUUGGUUUCAGCUUAGGAGCUCAAACUGUUGGGCACGCUGGGCAUUAUUUAAACGGGCAACUUCCAAGAAUCACAGGAAUUGAUCCUGCAGGUUUCUUGUUCCAUACUUCACCAGAGGAGGAGCGAUUGAGCAAAGAAGAUGCUCAAUUUGUGGAUAUAAUUCACACUGCUGGGUUAUGGAUUGGGACCGAUGAACAAAUUGGGCACGUUGAUUUUUACCCCAAUGGAGGAAAAGCCCCUCAACCUAAUUGUGAAAAUGAAGAUAUUGGAUUAGGUUGUUCUCACCAAAGAGGACCAGACCUAUUUGCAGAAAGCAUUACUUCUAAUUUCAGUUUUCGCGCUGUUAGAUGCACUUCUUGGGAGAACUUUCAAGUAUUCGUUCGUUACGGAGUUGGAUGGCUGCUCAUUCGCUCGGUCUGCCAUUUGGAAAUUGAUGUCCCGACGAAGAGAUAUUCCCGCUGCGUUAUCACAGCCUUCAUUAAUUCAUGCAUGGAGCAUGCCUCACAAUCUCAGGGAUGACCACAGGUUCGCCCAUUUAAGGUGUUAAAGUAGCAGCACGUGUUUUAUAAUGUUAAUACCCCAAAGAGGCUUGGACUCGGCUAGCCUGGGACCGAUCCUAGGGAAAUGUAAUGUAAAGAUGCUUUACAAAGAUAUUAAUACUUCAAAAUCUUUGCCCUUACAGUAUAUACCCUUUUAUGAUAUUCAAUAUUCCUUUAAAUCCUAACAAACGUAGACGAAUCCUUUAUGAAUUUUUUUGACAUUAAUCACCGCCUUACAUGCUCUAUUCGAGAUUCCAUCGCAACCCUACAAUCGACCGUCGUUGCACUCCUUGUGGCGAAAAUCUACAUUUUAACCACACCCUUUACUUCUGUGACCGUACUGAUGUAGACUUCACAUCGCAAUAAAGAAUAAAUCGUAAAUAUAGAAAGCCGACCCUUCCACCAAUACGCUACAAUUUUGUUUUUCCAACCCCCAUUUGUUAUCUAAAAUGGCUGCAGGGAAAUCUGAAUACGUUACAUACGACAUGCUUAUAGCCCUUUACGCUAAACGAAAUAUGUUUUACGUUCUGCACUCCAGAGGGCGCUAUGUCAUUCACCCUCUAUCAAAUAAAGGGCCGAUUGGCCAAUUCUUUGUUAUUGAAUUAUAAUGCGUUUGUGUUGUUUUUUUUUUUUUUUUUUUUUUUGUUUUUUUUUUUUUUUUUUGUUUUUUUUUUUUUUUUUUUUUUUUUUUUUUUUUUUUUUUUUUUUUUUUUUUUUUUUUUUUUUUUUUUUUUUUUUUUUUUUUUUUUUUUUUUUUUUUUUUUUUUUUUUUUUUUGACUAA